AUGGAGCUUGUGCACAGCAUCGAUGCCCACCACAAGAAGUGCUGGAGUGUUUCGGCUCAUCCCACGCUCCCCCUCAUUGCCACGGCACUGGGUGAUAAGUCGGCGAAGGUUUUCAAAGUCGGCGGCAAGUAUCCUGAGCUUGGCCAUCUUGAAGAGACCCAUAAGCGGUCGGUGAGAACGGUGGCGUUCAAACCCCCCGUGGGCGGGGUCGACGAACCAGCCCAGGACUUCUUUGACCUUCCAGCGGUGGCGGUAGGCUCGUUCGAUCUGACGAUCUCGGUGUGGGGCAUCGACGAGCCCGAUACUGAGUAUGACGAACUGGAGAUGAUGGCCCAUCAGAAGGAGAUUCUCACCAGCACGAACAACCAAUGGAGUUUGAUGGCAAUCAUUGAAGGCCACGAAAAUGAAGUGAAGUGUGUCGCUUGGAAUUGGCAGGGGACGUUGUUGGCAUCGUGUCUGCGUGACAAAACCGUGUGGAUCUGGGAGACUGAUCCUGAGACUCUAGAAGAAUUUGAAUGUGUUCUGGUACUCAAUGAUCAUCUGGGAGACGUAAAGCAUGUGGCAUGGCACCCUCGCCAGGACUUAUUGGCGUCGCUGAGUUACGAUGACACUAUUCGCAUCUAUCGUGAAGACGAUGACGAUUGGGAGUGUGUUGGCGUGCUCAAUGGACACGAAGGCACGGUAUGGUGUCUGCAAUUUGACCCCCGCAGCCUUGGUAUCCGUUUGGUUCUGGUAAGUGACGAUAUGACGGCGCGGAUAUGGCGUACUAAUGACGAACUCCCCGAUAAAAGCGGCGAGCUUCCGUCGCUGAUUCGUCGCUCAGCGGAAAUGGAAUGGAUCGAAGAGUGCACGCUUCCUCGGGCUCACAAGUACCCUAUCUACUCGGUGGCAUGGUCUAAGACUAGCGGCCGUAUUGUCACCGCGGGAGCUGAUGGCAUGCUUGUGGUAUACGAAGAGUCUGAUGGGAAAUGGACGAUUGUUGCCACCAAAGAGUAUGCCCAUGGAGUGUACGAAAUAAAUAGUGUCACGUUUGCCGAGGCGGACGAUGGCUCCGAGGUCAUUGCCAGUGGUGGUGACGACGGUAAGGUUAACGUUUGGACACUCUGCCGGUGA